AGGCGGGAUUUUUUGAAGGUGUUGUCGGUUGGUGGGAUUGGCGCGAGCUGUCCUGGCGGUAAUGGCGGAGGUACGGAGCGUACCCGGAGGGAGCAGGGACUCCCCUCGUAAUCCCGAUUUGGAUCCACCAGCAAGGAGAAAGUCUGACAGAUUGUCGGCGACACGGAAAGAUGAAGGCUCACAGGCUCCAGUGGUCAAACGUUCAAUCGUUCUGAAGAAGAUCGAACCCCAGAAAAAUGUGCUUGCUAAAUCCAUCACUGCAACACCGAAACGCAGCUCCCGGGUUUCCCCAAAGACUGUGAAGGAGAACGCCGGCGGAGACUGGGCGAGUGUGGCCGACCAAGAGGCGGCGCGGGGCAGCGCCUCGCCCCCUGCCCAGGACGCUGAGAGAGGCGCGCUGAUGUCCCAGAAGGUGCGGCGCUCAUACAGCCGCCUCAGCCCCUACGGCAUCCACCUCCCGAGUGUGGGCGGUGGGGCUUCGGACACCUCCACACCGAACGGGGAGGGGGAGGGAGCUGCCUCCCGCAGGUCCCUCUUCGGCUUCGGCAGGCUCCUGGCCGGCGACACCGCACCGGGCGUCUCGCCGGUGAAACGCCCCCUGACCCCUGAGGUGGAGAAGCCUCUCCUUUCCACCGGCUCCCUCGCCCAGCUGGACCUGAACAUCCCUGGUGUGGCCGUGGCCAAGGAGAAGAGGAAGAAACGCAAAGUCCCCCAGAUCGAGAAGUCGGAGUUGGACGAGUGGGCCGCUCAGAUGAACGCUAGCUUCGAAGAAGCGGAACGCUUUGAUUUGCUUGUGGAGUGAUGAGGAAGGGGAGCUGCUCGCUGUCUUGCAGAACGCUUCAGUUUUCAGAUGGAUUCAAAGCAGCAUGAACCUCGAGAAAACAGGACUGUCCAGAGAAGCGCCGAACUCUUUACCGGUAGGUCGUAGGGAUGUCGAAGGCAGAAGAGCCAGUCGCUCCACACAUACCUCUUGCGGUGAACAACUGCAGUUCCUUUUCAGGGGUACUCCUUCCCCCUUGGAGCACUGCCGUUUGUAGACAUGCUUGUCAACGUAGAAUCUCCACUGCCGGCUGCUGCUGUCUGACAUUAACCAUUGCAGUUCGCUGGUAACAGCAAGGUUCAAGUGUUGGUAUGUGUGUCUUCUCUCUCUCUCUCUCUCUCUCUCUCUCAGUAUUAACAGUGUGACUGACUCGCUGCAAACAAACCUGGCGUCCUCCUGCUACUGGAAACUGUUUGGGUCAAAUGUUUAUUUUCCUAACCACUAAAUCUGACAUGGAAAUAUGGCCUGGCUCAUACUGUGUCUGGAGAGACAGGGCAAUGCUUUUGGGUUGGAGGUUGGACUGCCUCACCCAGAAUCACUUAACCUGUCGCUUCAUUCCUCUGCUCACUUGCUCCCUAUUUUUUUUGUUUUAAAUAUACAAUUUCUACAUUGCUUGACUCUAUAACUGGAGAAAAAUGAUCAGAUGUCUUUUUUUUUUAAGAAAAGGAACACACCCACGUGUACUUUUAAGAAGCUGAUGUAUAAUCAAACCCAGAAACUGCCAGUACGGUCUGUCUGUGUGUCUCUGUAUUCUCUCUAAGAGUGGAGCCGAAUCCUUCCUUUGCUGAUUGAUAGGUGAUUGACCUUGGUUAGUGUUGAAUGUACUUGAUGUCCUUUUUUUAUUUAUAGUUGUUCCCACCCUGACCAUACCUGCCAAGCUGGAUGUGGCUUUAAUACUGUGUGUGGGGAGCCCACAUGAUUAUGUUCGAGUGGGUUUUCAUUUUGUCUGCCACUCAGUGUUGGCCCUAGCUGCCUACUCGCUUUAGACGUGAGCUGGCUGGGGCUGGGGCUGGCGCCAGGUUAUCUGAAACACACUACAUGUCAUCCUGAGUCAAACAAGACGCUCAGUCAAUAUUAUCGACAUCCUGUUAUUCAGAAUCGACUGAAGAAAACAUCGUGUUCCCUCUGUCCUGUUCCCUCCAGAGUAUAGUUGUUGUGUCAAUAGGAAGAGUGUUUUCUUGUUCGGAUUUCAGUCAAGCUGAGAGAAAUGUCAGCAAAGUUCAUGUCCAUUGAACCUUGACCUCUGCCCAGCAGCAUAACCAGCCAUCUUGUCUUCCCAAGUGGAGGCGGUUUCUAGGUUUACUCCAGCGACAUGCUGGUGUUUGUGGUUCAGUUGCUGUUUGGAUCAUGGGGUUGGCUAUUUCAGUGGGUGAAUUAAUGUCUGCUCACCUUGAGCCCUGGUGGUAAAUGAUCAGCUGAAUUCUCUUUCUAGUAAAUGAUGUAUGCUCCAUGCUGAUUCUUUCCAAAUCAAAUGCAGUAUGAAACUCUGUUGGUGAUUUUUUAAAAAAUGUUAUAAUGGAACUGGAUUUUACCCGUCGUCCAUUUACAUGAGAACAGUUAAACUCUUCCGCAGUUUUUUGUAACUGUGUGGUUAGCAGACUAGCUGUGAGAAAGUAGGUAGGGCUGCGUUGUCGGGAACUUAAUGUUGACCUAAUGGUGUAGGUAUGGAAGCUAUGUCAGACAUCAGUGAUAUUUGGUAUGUUAUUGUAUGUGUUAAUUAAGGAGGUAAUGAACUGCAAUAAAAAGGCGUUGUGCUUUUGA